UGUCAAUCGCUCGACAGUUUGUUGUUAUUGACUCACAUCGGGAACAUCGUAGAAAAAACAUAAUGAGCAAAAUACACGACAUUGUUUAAUUUUUCGGUGAGAAAAUUGUUAAUCACAGUAGAUAGCUUCGUUUUAGCGAUAUUAAGCCGUACAAAAUGGAUCUGACUAGAAUUCCUAACGAACGUAAACUAUACUUGUGUAAAUGGUAUUUUAAAGUUGGAUUCGCCCUGCUACCCUUUGUGUGGGCAAUAAAUACUUGCUGGUUUUUCAGUGAAGCAUUCCGGAAGCCGGCUUACGACGAGCAAAAGGAAAUUAAAAAAUAUGUUAUAAUGUCUGCAAUUGGAUCCUUAAUAUGGCUGGUGGUCAUUGCGACGUGGAUAGCAACGUUCCAGCUCAAACGUACAGACUGGGGUGAUUUUGCUGACAGUAUUAGUUUUAUUAUACCGCUAGGAAGAGCCUAAAACAAAAUUGUGUAAUGGUUCCCAAUUUUAUCCUAAUAAAUUAUACUAUCGCUUUAUCAAA